CAUAGCAACGUGGACACUCCGUUUGUUGUGGGAUCGGAAAUGUAUCAUAUCGGCUUAAAUUCUUGUUAUGUUGUGUUGUGAUACUGGAAUUUUCCUUAAAAAAUACAUCAUCGGAGAUGUUUCGCCACGAGUAUGGCCUUGCUAUGGACAGAGAUCAAAACAGUGCCUCGAUCGUGUCCUCCUAUCAAGUAGAUGAUUUGAUGGAAAAACUCAAACUUCUCAACUACGAACGGUUACUGUUGAAGGAAAUGAAAAUGAAACAAAUCAACCGAUACUACUUCCUGAAAUCGUUCAAUCCUGGCGAGCAGUUCUUCAUGUUUACUUCGAUAUGUGCGUGGUUGAUUCGGAAAAUUGGCAAAUCCUUCGAUCAACCACAGGAGUUUGACGAUCCAAAUAUGGUGAUUUCCAGAAUUAUUCGAGUCUUGCAGGAAAUGGAUGUUCCCACGGAUUUUCAAACGAACAAACUGAUACAAGGAGCUGGCCCCAUUUGCAUCUACAUUAUGGACUGUCUAGCUUCGCAGGCAUUGAAAUUGACGAAAUUCCAGUUGAAACGGCCAGAAUGCAAGAAAGAAGACGAUCCUAUGGUGGACCUGAUCGAAAACGACUCAGAAAUAAUUCUAGAGAAAGUGGAAGAGGAACAGAUGACAGGGGCAAGUGAUGAGAGCGACGACGAAGGAAAUGGCUUGUUUGAUUUGAACUUUUCUGAUCCGAAAAAUAAGAAAAUUGUAAACAAAGAAUAUAAGGUGGAUUCACUGACUGACAGUGAAAAUUGGCGACUUGAGUUGGAACGAGUAUUGCCACAGCUCAAAGUGGUGGUAAAGACUGAUCCACGUGACUGGAGAGCUCAUCUGGAGCAGAUGAGAAGUCUAAGGUUGAAUAUUGAGGCCGCCACCGAAGAGACGGACAGUCAAUUGAAGUCUUUACAAACCGAUAUCAGUUACGUGAUGGAGAAGAUUGAAAGUCGCGAAAAACAUUUGAACAACGACCUGAAAGAUUUGAUUCAAAAGUACAAGAGCAUUUUGGUUGAAUACAACCAGGUGAAUAACAGCAUUAAGGAAGGUGACAAAGAAAAGGCGGAGCGAGAGCACGAGUUAUCUAAAAUAACAAAUGAAUUGGAGAACAUUAAAAUUCAAAUGGAUCAACGAGGAAAUUCAAUGACGGACGGAAGUCCAUUGAUUAAUAUUAAAAAAGCGGUCUUCAGGAUAAAAGAAGAAAUUUGUGACAUGGACAUUAAAAUUGGAGUGAUGGAGCACACAUUGAACUCUGAAAUUAUUAGACAAAGUGCUCAGUAUGCCGAGUUUGAUUCUUUCGUUAUGGCCGCGCAUUAGACAUGGCUGAUAUUGUUUGAAUCUUCAUUGAAUUCGCAUAUCUAACCUAUAGUUUUUUUUAUGGAAUACAUGUUGCUGUGGGUUCAAUAAAUUCUCGAGAUGACAAAAAAAACCAUAUGCAUGAUUCGAAUUCAUUAAUCAACAUAGAU